AUAAUUCAUAUUCAUUGUUUCAAAUACACAAUUAAGUUGACUCCAAAAAAUGAGUACCAACAACAACCAUUUAAACCAUAGUUUGAUCCUAAUCGUGUUGCUACUCAUAGCAUUUGCAACGAAGAGUGAGCAAUCGAAACAGAUUCCAGCACUGUAUGUGUUCGGUGAUUCACUUGUUGACAGUGGUAACAACCACUAUCUGCCAGGAGAGUAUUCGCAAAAUUUCUUUCCGUAUGGCAUAGAUUUCGGCACACCCACUGGUCGCUGCACUAAUGGCAAAACUGUUGCUGAUUUUCUUGCUAUCUACCUUGGUCUGCCCUUUGCCCCUGCGUACUUGGGACUUUCAAGAAGUAAAAGAAACAGAAUCGUAACCACAGGCAUAAAUUACGCAUCCGCAGGUUCUGGAAUUUUGCCAGACACCAGUAAUAAAACUUCAGUAAUAAUGGACGAACAAAUAAAUGGAUUUGAGAGGACAAUUAAGGAGAUUUUGCCAAAGGGGUUAAGUAAAGAAGCAGUGGAAAAGCAUGUAUCUGAAUCCUUGUUUCUUGUAUCUUCGGGUGUGAAUGAUCACUUCAAAAACGGAACAUUUCGUGGUAGUAGGAAAUUUGCUUCCUACCUCAUAAAAGAAUUCAAAAUACGGCUGCUGGAUUUUGCCUAG